ACUUCCUUUUACGAAGAAUCUAUCCAUCGCCAUCGCGACCAGCUUCUCUAUCUCAAGUCUCAACCUUCCGUGUCUGUGCGAGCUGUUGAGGCAAAAUGGCUUUGAAGUUUCUGAACAAAAAGGGAUGGCACACGGGAAGCCUUCGCAAUAUAGAGAACGUGUGGAAGGCGGAGCAGAACCGCGACGCGGAACAGAAGAAGUUGGAAGAGCUCCGCAAGCAGAUCCAGGAGGAGAGAGAGCGCUCUGAAUUUCGGCUUCUCCAGGAACAAGCAGGCCUCGUUCCAAAGCAGGAGCGAUUGGAUUUCUUGUACGACUCUGGAUUGGCUGUGGGCAAAGGUCACUCUGAUGGAUUCAAGGCGCUUGAAGCUUUGCCUAAGACUCAGACGGAUACAACUUCCUGCUCUUCCUCCAAGCAGGCAACUGUUGCAGGAGCUCUAUUGGAGGACAAGCCUCAAUCCGCCAAUGACGCAUGGAGGAAACUCCACUCUGAUCCCUUGCUUCUGAUAAGGCAGAGAGAGCAAGAAGCCCUUACUCGAGUUAAGAACAAUCCCAUUCAAAUGGCCAUGAUUCGCAAAUCAGUUGGAGCAAAUAAAGACAAAGGGCAUAAACAUCGUAAAACGGAACGCAAGAAGAUGCAUAAAGAUGAUAGAUCAAUGCAUGAGAAGCCUUCAUCUUGGAAAGGCCAAAUGGAAUCAGAGAAGGCCACCAGUGACAGGGAUAAUAGAGUAAGGAGUAGCCAUGACAAGAACUCAAAGGGUGAGAAGAGGUCAUCCAAAGGUUGGUCAGAUUCAGAACAUGCUGCAGAUGAAAGGGUGGAAAAAAGGAAAAACAGUCAUCACAAAAAACUGAAGCAUGAGGUGCAUUCUUCCAAAGGCCUGUCAAGCUUAGAAGCUUCCACGAAGAAAGGGGAGAAGAGAGGAAAGAGUAGUGACAAGAACCAUCCCAAGUUAAAGCAUGAGAAGCAAUUACCCGAAGAAUCAUCAGAUUUUAGACGUUCCUCAAAGGAGUACAGGAGUCAUCAAGCAAACGAUAAUUAUAAGAGUCCUAAUUCCAUCAGCUGGCCAAAAACCAACUGCACCAAAAUUGGUGCACCUACGGCAUUAUGUCGGCGGAGUUCAUCCAGUAAGCACUUAAAUACUGCCCCAAAGCUUUCUGAAGAGGAGAGAGCUGCCAGGUUGCGGGAGAUGCAAAUGGAUGCCCAGCUGCAUGAGGAGCAAAGAUGGAAGCGGCUGAAAAAGGCCUCAGAAGAUGAUGCUCGGGAAGUGAGACAGGUGGAUUCAUCUGCUGGACAAAGCUUCCUGGAUGCUGCUCAGAAGAGUGUUUAUGGAGCUGAUAGAGGGGCCAGCUCCACCAUUGAGGAGAGUGUGCGUCGUCGAACAUAUUAUCUGCAGAAACAGUCAGAAGCAGGUGAACACAACGCUUUUCGACGAUGAGUGUAUUCUUCAAUAAAACCAGUUGUAGCCCUACCCGUGACUGUAAUUUU